UGCGAGCCAGCGAGCGAGCGCCGGGCCGCGGCCGCGCCUUCCGCUCCCGGCCCGAGCGAGUCCGCCGCCCGUUCGUUCCGCCGCCGCCGCCGCCGCCGGGCCCGGCCAGAGCCUGCAGCGGAGCCCAAGAGAGUCAGCGCCAUGGCGGAGCAGACCUACUCGUGGGCCUAUUCCCUGGUGGAUUCCAGUCAAGUGUCUACAUUUCUGAUUUCCAUUCUACUUAUAGUCUAUGGUAGUUUCAGGUCCCUUAAUAUGGACUUUGAAAAUCAAGAUAAGGAGAAAGACAAUAGCAGUUCUACUGGGUCUUUCAAUGGCAACAGCACCAAUAAUAGUAUCCAAACUAUUGACUCUACCCAGGCCCUAUUCCUUCCAAUUGGAGCAUCUGUCUCUCUCCUAGUAAUGUUCUUCUUCUUUGACUCAGUUCAAGUAGUUUUUACAAUAUGUACAGCAGUUCUUGCCACAAUAGCUUUUGCUUUCCUCCUUCUCCCGAUGUGCCAGUAUUUAACAAGACCCUGUUCACCUCAGAACAAGAUUUCCUUUGGUUGCUGUGGGCGUUUUACUGCUGCUGAAUUACUGUCAUUCUCUCUGUCUGUCAUGCUCGUCCUUAUCUGGGUUCUCACUGGCCAUUGGCUUCUCAUGGAUGCCCUGGCCAUGGGUCUCUGUGUCGCCAUGAUCGCCUUUGUCCGCCUGCCCAGCCUCAAGGUCUCCUGCCUGCUUCUCUCAGGGCUUCUAAUCUAUGAUGUCUUCUGGGUGUUUUUCUCCGCCUACAUCUUCAAUAGCAAUGUCAUGGUGAAGGUGGCCACACAACCGGCUGACAAUCCCCUUGACGUUCUAUCCCGGAAGCUCCACCUGGGGCCCAAUGUUGGGCGUGAUGUUCCUCGCCUGUCUCUGCCUGGAAAACUGGUCUUUCCCAGCUCCACCGGCAGUCACUUCUCUAUGUUGGGCAUUGGGGACAUCGUGAUGCCUGGACUCCUGUUGUGCUUUGUCCUUCGUUACGACAACUACAAAAAACAAGCCAACGGUGACUCCUGCGGUGCCUCUGGACCCGCCAAUAUCUCUGGACGCAUGCAGAAGGUCUCCUACUUUCACUGCACCCUCAUUGGAUACUUUGUAGGUCUGCUCACCGCUACUGUGGCAUCUCGCAUUCACCGAGCAGCCCAGCCUGCCCUUCUCUAUUUGGUGCCAUUUACCUUAUUGCCACUCCUCACGAUGGCCUAUUUAAAGGGUGACCUUCGGCGGAUGUGGUCUGAGCCAUUCCACUCCAAGUCCAGCAGCUCCCGAUUCCUGGAAGUAUGAUGGAUCCCAGAGAGUGACCAGGAUGGCCAUCUUAGUCCUUUUCUGUCAACGCGUGGUUUUGUUUCCUCUUAGAGCUGGCCUGGUACUCAGAGAUGUACCUGUUUAAGGAACUGACGUGUGACUGGAUUUUGCGUUUGCAGGGAGCUUGUUUGCAGGAGCGAGGUGCUGGAGCCCUGCUUGGUUCUUUCUCUUCCUGCCGUUGUAGAGGCGGAGCCCCUCCUGAAGUGACAGGCCCUCCCCAGCGCUCCUUCCUCCCCCGUUUUUAUGAAUCUGCACCGGACUGUUACCCGUGGGGGAUGGAGAUGUGACUGUUUAAAACUGACAACGACAAGGAGUCGUUCUGUACCUUUUGAACACUAAAAGGAUGAAAAAUAUUAGCAAACCGAAGUUUCUUCAGUGAACCCUCAAGAACUUUGGGACCAGUUUCCUAUGGGGGACUCAGUUUCAGAGAACUGAGACAGAAGCUCUUCUGUCGUUCUAUUCUUUCCUUUUUUUGGAUUUAUUAAAUAUUUUCUGUGGUGUGAAGUGACUUAUUAAAUCCACAGACAUUGAGUGACUUCUUACAACAUAAACAUAAGAAUUUGUUGUAAUGAGUUCAUGUCCACCCAGAUGUUGUGUUGGCAGUGAACGAGGGCACGGUUUUUAUACAUACACACACAUGCACAUAGGUAUAUAUGAAUAAACAAAAAUUAAAACCUGCUAAGAUCAUGCUGUGUAGCAGACAGGGACUUGCUGUAAUUUUUAGCAUGUAGAGCAGUUUACUCUGGCUUUCUUGUAUAUGGAUAAGCUGCUGUCUUUCCCUCCACAACUGAACGUGCAGUUAAAAACCAGUAUAGUAUUUGUACUGAUAUACUCAUGGACUUUAGGGGGCUCUCAUUUGGUUUUGAUCAGUGUAGCAAAUUAGGGAUGAAAAGUUAAAACUUUUUGGCCCUUUUUUUGUUUGUUUUUACAGGCUUCUCCCUUGCAGGGUUUUUAGUAGUUUCUUCUUGAACCAAUGCAUGUAAUAUAGCAGCAGGUGUCUUUGUGCUUUCUGAUCAUAGUAAUGUACUACUUGUAAAUACAUUUUUCUAUUUUCUAUUUUUUUUUGUAUUUUUUUUUUUUUUUUGGCAUUUUGUUUCAUUGGUGUGCUGUAUUUUCCAUGCCCUCACUCCUUUAAGAAAAAAAAAGGAAAAAAGCAACACGAUCCUGUCCUUGCUGUUGUGAUUAUGGUCUUGGUUUACCUGUGGUGACAACUGGGUGUUGGGGACAAAUGUCAAAUGCCCCGCUGAGCUGGGCCCUACGUUCUAGGAGUUGUGGAAGGAGCGAGCUGCUCUGUCCCCUUAGAAUCUGACCGUGUGCUGUGGUCUUUGCUGGAGAGCUGGCAUUCUGCUAGUAAUUUAAGUGUGAUCGUGUCAGCUCGCCUUUGUCUCAGCAGCCCCAGCCCGGUAAGAAAUUGCCCACUGUACAGGCAGAGAGAAUCCUGGCUACCUGACAGCAGAGGUCGGAGAAGGGCCCACGUGUCCUGAUUUCUCCCUUUGGCAGGUGACGUGCCUCUGCCUCAACCUGUGUGAUGAACUGGUGUGCUGGGCUUCCCGUUGCCAGAAGCCACGGUGGACAGAGCUCGUAGGCCGUGCGCGUCGCAGGGCGUGAGGGCGGGAAGCGAUCAGGAUGGUGCGUUCUUCUGUUGUGUCUUCAAAUCCUGCUGAGGGCUGUUUUGUUUUUUGUGUUCUGUUGUUUUUGUUUUUUUAAUAAAUGACUCCUUUCUA